GACGCAUUAAUUAAUUGGGAAGAGGAUCAGGCUCGGCGUCAAUAAACACCGAAUCUCGGCCAGUCGCUGCAGCGGUGAAGGCCAAUCGGAAUCGAGUGCUCUCGGUCGAUGCUCUGCAGGUAUGGUGGUGACAAUCGACACUGGUUGACGGCGAGGAGGACGAUUUCGCAGCAGCAUAUUCAGGGAAAAUGGAGAACACCGUUUUCGUUUUUUAUCCACUAUUGCGAUGGAUUUGGAUCCUGCCAGUUCGAUUGCAAAUUUCUCUCGGAAAUUGUGCGAGGAAAUUUCAGGAACCGUGCAAAUAUUUGCGAUGGCUAAAACCGCUCGAUCGUCAAAAAGAUACUCGGUAUCAGCCUUUUUUCUAUACUUUGCUUUGUUUCUUUCAGUUACUGGAAUGCAAUUUUGAAUUUAUGAUAUGUUUCCUGCUUAUUCUGCACUAAAAGGACACUGUGUGAUCCGUAAUGCCCGUCCCUGCACUGCAACAGUUGCAAAAUUUUGUUGCAUCCAUAUAGAAUCAAUGAGAGAGUAAGAAUUUUUCGAAUCAUUAUUGCGGUAGUAACAUUCAAUACAGACAUUUUGAGGUUCACAAUAUUCUGUGCUGUUCUCUGCAAAUGAAUCAUUAUUACUAUGCUGCCAUGCCUUGUGAUUUCUUCUACUUCCAUUAAUUAUGCAAUACAAGUGUUGCAUAGAUUGCUUUGUAUCUCAUUAUUUACUGAGGCAGGGUCAAACUGAAGUCUAUGUUUACAGAGUCAGAUUCUGUUCAUUGUGACCAGAUUGAUUGUGCAAAUGUGCUUGUAGUUCUGAUAUGAACUUAUCCAUCGAUUCAUGUUUCGCACGUUGACUAGAGCUGAAUUCAUGUUUUUAGUCUCUUUCACUUUUGUUAAUAUGGUUUGGAUAAGGGAAUGCUAAUUGCAGUGCAAUAAUGUGCAAUGAAUUAGUUUUAUUCUUAAUGAGCUGUAUUUUACUAAGAAACAUUAUUCGAGCAAUGAGGGAUAACACAGAAGCCUUGUCUGAUUAACCAAAGUAAGGUAUAAAGUUGAAAAGAGAAUACAAAGCAUGGAUCAAGAUUCAACCAGAAAGGACACAGCAGCAUUUCAUUCCGCCGGCCUUUCAAUCUGCAGCAGCCGACUUCUCCGAAUCCAUCACAUUGCCGGCACUAGUGAUUCUACAUCAGCAUUGUUUAGAUCCUACCCGCCCCGAUGAAAUGGUACUCAUUACUCGCUGCCCCUGAGUUCGAUCUCUCGGGCUUCUUCCCAUUUUCCCUCUGGUUCGUUCUUCUGCUACACCCCUUCUCAAAUGUUGCAUUGGUGCACUCGUUCACGGGAACAUAUGGUGUGAACUACGGCAGGAUAGCCGACAACAUCCCUCCACCGGAGAGCGUAGUGACCCUUCUAAAGGCAGCCAAGAUCCGGAACAUUCGAAUAUACGAUGCAGACCAUGCUGUUCUGAAGGCCUUUAAGGGCUCCGGUAUCCAAGUCAUUGUCGGUCUAGGGAACGAGUACUUGCGAGACAUCAGCACGAACCAGGACCGCGCGAUCGGAUGGGUAAAAGAGAAUGUGCAGCCAUUUCACCCCGGGACUCUCAUAACCGGCGUCGCCGUCGGCAAUGAGAUUCUCGGAGGGAGCGACGCAGAGCUGUGGGAGGUCCUCGUCCCAGCCGUGAAAAAUGUCUACGAUGCCCUCAGCCGCCUCCAUCUCAACGGCACUGUCGAGGUGUCAAGCCCGCAUUCCGAGGCUGUUUUCGCCGCGACAUUCCCACCAUCCGCCGGAGUGUUCAAGGAGAGCAUAAUGCCGUACAUGAGGCCUCUUCUGCAGUUCUUUUCGCAGAUCGGGACGCCGUUCUACAUCAAUGCGUACCCGUUCCUCGCCUACAAGAGCGACCCGUCGCACAUCGAUUUGAACUACGCCCUCUUCCAGGGAAACGCGGGGAUCGACGACCCGAAAACGAAGCUGCAUUACGACAACAUGUUUGAGGCUCAGAUAGAUGCGGCGUAUGCAGCGCUGGAGAAGGCCGGUUUCGAUAAGAUGGAAGUGAUUGUUUCGGAGACGGGGUGGGCAUCGAAAGGCGAUCCCGGCGAAGCCGCGGCUAACGUUAAAAACGCGCAGACUUAUAAUCGAAACCUGCGGAAGAGGCUGCUGAAGAAGAAGGGGACUCCUUACCGGCCGAAGACAGUUGCUAAGGCAUACGUGUUCGCGCUGUUUAACGAGAAUUUGAAGCCCGGGCCGACUUCGGAGAGGAACUUCGGAUUGUUCAAGGCGGACGGAAGCGUCGCGUACUAUGUCGGUUUCACUGGUCUCGUGCCGAGCUCGGGUUCUUCAAUUGCGAAGGUGAUGGAGCAAGGGUGGCUCUCUGUUGGUGUAAUGGCGGGAGCAGUUGUGGUUCUUCUUCAUGUAUUCUUCUGAACUAUUAUUGCUUGCAGUUAAGAUAGUUGGUAAAUUCCUUCAUUCUUUCAGUAUUAAAUAUUUCUUGCU